AUGGAUCAAAAGAAAGAAAGAGGGGACCUGGAUACAUCUGGUGGUAAGAGGAUUGGACCGCCAACGCUUGGCCCGGCAUUCAAUUUUAUGGUGCAGUUUUCCAACAGGGUUCAGAGCUGUUUUAAGGUUAUAAUUCAAAGCACUCCAGUUUCUGGCUGGCUAAUUAUAUUCAGUGAGAAAUUUGCUGAUAUAUUUGAUUUUCAGACGCAAUUCAAGCGAUCAUUCAGAAAUGACGAGGGAGGCAAUGGCAAUUCGGCAUUGUUUAUUGAAAGAGAAGCUGACUCUUUGUGGAAACUCAGCCUAGAGAAGCAAUUACAAGCUUGGAGAGAAAAUCCUACGUGGGAUACUGAAACACCUGAAAUAAAGGUGACAAAUAGCCAUGAGAUUUACUAAGAUUGUGCGUAAAAUAUUAUCUUAAUAAUCACGAAGGUCUGUUUAUGCGGGAAGGCCUAAAUCCUGGAGUGCCAGAUAUCUGAAUAAAUCCUGAACAUAUGCCAUGUCAUAUGUGUUCGUCCCCACUACUUUGAUCGCAUUGCUCUCAUUUGGCUUUAUGUCUGCAUUCGUCACUUUAUCGGUGAACCAUGGAGGAUGCUUCAUUUGUGCAGAGGCUUAGAUCAAAUAACCCUAGAUUGUCAGUUGCCCCUCAGGGUCUGUCGUAGGUGCCUUUGCAAUCCAGUGAUCACAUUUGAGAAGCAACUGAUGUCAAUCGAAAACGUUCAGGAAACCUUCAACUUUAAAGUCAUUUCAUAGCCUUUCGACAAGAGUUCAUGUCAAUGCGUGGAUCGAAUACCAGAUCGCUGUAGUCACCUCCUGUUUUAUAAGGUUUUAUGUUAUGGUUUAGUCAUAGAUAAUGGUGAGCUCUGUCUUUUACUUAUCUUUCACGGAGUAAACUAAAAAUCCUGAUUCGAUUCAAGAGUAUGCAACAUAAAUUGUUGAAUUGUUUUGUUUUCAGGUUACAGUUCCAAAAGGUUCUCUCUGUAACCUGAAUGUGAAGUUUAAAGUUGGCCUGCCACCAGAUGCUAUCUACAACAUUGUUAUUGAUCCUGAUAAUAGAAGGGUAUUCAAAAACAUCAAGGUUUGGAUCUCAUCAUCGAGUACAAACCCUAUCCGUACAUCGUUUUCAAGUGAAAACUAUCUAGUUGUGUUUUUUGUUGUAUAAUAUUAUUGAAAAAUGCCCCUUCAUUCCGUCAUUUAUAUUUUAUUCAGGUUUUUAUUCUGUACUUAUGCUUUUUAGUAUAGUCUCUGCAGUUUCAUUCGUUUGUACCUAUUUUUUCUGCAUUUUGACAUUCAUAGAAAGAUAAAACACUUGAGAACACUAGAGUUCAAACGCUUCUAUUUAUUAACUUCUCGAGACUUGGAUGCAAGGAGUCUGCAUGUUCUUCAUGGAUGCAUCAGGUGACUGGUUCUCAAAUUGAAGUACUCAUUGGAUCUCCAUCUCUCUUGUUUAAUAUUUAAGCUUUAAACCUGUCUGCGAGAAUAGUCUGAAACAUUUCACCCGUAUGCCAUCCGUUUACUCAUCAAUGAUGGAUAGCUUUUGAUUAGUUGAUUGAAAUGUUGGAAUCUCCGGUGGCUGCAGUUAUUGAUUGCAUCUUUCUCCUUUUAUGACUGUGUUUAACAUCGUAUUACUUUUAUGUAUGACAUCAAGUUAUUUGAUUAGUUACAUCCUACACUUAUGCUCGAUAAACAACAGAAAUUUGUUUUCCCCAUGCUUUCCUGUCAUAUUGAUUGUUCCAAUUUCAUAUCAUUCAGAGAGCUGGCAUUUUAUUGAGAAACUUCUCGUGUGUUCUUCCCUUUUGUAAUUCUUUAUUCAAAAACAUUUAUCGGAAAAAUUUGAAUAGAAUAUGCGCAUUCAGUGAUCGUAAUUGUUUCAGAUACUCCAACUUAUGCUUAUUAUUUCAACUAUUAUUUUGCAAACUGCGGACCUAACGAACUUUUGACCAUGGAUACUUUUGGGAGAAUAAGCUCUGUUAAUGUCCCUGGGACCAGCUGAUUGUCUAAUUUCGUGUUUUUUUCAGCAUUAUUUUCUUGUAGCUCUCAUCCAUGCAUCUCGUUUUCUUCUUUCAUGUCGCCUUGCUAUUUGGAUUAAUUUUCUGAUAUGGCAGUCGAAUUUUGUCCCUUUGGUCAAGAUUGCAACGUUAGUUCUGUCUAGUCCUAUGUUUUUUUAACUAUGAAUGCAUAUUGGUUAAACAUUCAAUUUUUGACUUUCGUUUUCGUCUGACAUUUCAGGAAGUGGUAUCCAGAAAGGUUCUGAUCGACGAGGGCUCGAGGCAAGUAGUUGAGGUGGAGCAAACAGCACUAUGGAGGUUCCUGUGGUGGUCUGGGACCAUUUCAGUUCAUGUUUUUGUCGAUCAGAGCAGAAAAGAUCACACGGUGAGGACACUGCCUUUGGCUCCCCCUCUAAAUUCUUGUAAAAAUAUCUUCUUCACUAUUUCGAAAAAGCCUCCGGGGUUGGAACGCGAAGUAAUACAACAUUAUGAAGCGGUGAUUUUAGGUCAAAUACGUUAUAGUUUAUACCCUCAUUCGAUCCUGAAAUCAUCCAAUGUCUCCUCUGCAGAUCAGAUUCAAACAAGGCAAUAUCGGGUUCAUGAAGAGGUUCGAAGGUUGCUGGAGAGUAGAGCCUCUCUUUGUCGACGAAGAAAUCUGCUCUCCGCAGCGGCCCAGGACGCUUUCGGAAUACGAGUCUUGUUCCGGGCCCAAAGGAAGGGUCGGGUCUCUGGUGACCUUGGAGCAGCUGGUUCAGCCGACGAUCGUCCCUCCGCCGCCAAUUUCAUGGUAUCUGAGGGGAAUCACCGCGAGGACCACCGAGAUGCUUGUGACCGACCUACUGGCGGAGGCUGACCGACUAAGAUCCUUCUCGGACGGUUCUGAUUCACCAGAGGAGGACAACGGACCAGGCUGCACCAUCGUUGACUCCCUCCCCGCUCGUGACGCCGGCGAGAUGAUUAAGGAGCGGUGGCGCCUAAGGCGUCGAGCGAGGAAGAAUCCCUGA